AUGUCAUCUCUUAUCUCUAAACCUUGCAUGGAUCCUGAGCUGAGACUCGCUCUCGGAAAAGUUUCUUUCCCGCCCAUAUCACGCAUCACUCCUGAAAUUUGGAAGGCGAUGCGUGUAGCGAAUGCAACCCCUCCCAGCUUCCUCGAUGACCAGAAAGUUCGUGGAAUAUCUCAUAGAGAAGUCCGAAUUUCCAGUCAAGACGGCAGCAAUCACGAAAUUAUCCUCUCGAUACUCCAACGUUCCGUCGAAACUACCGAGCCACGUCCUUGCCUCUACUGGAUUCACGGCGGCGGCUUGCACUGGGGUGAUCGUCUUCACACACUCGAGUUCCCAACGGACGUGAUCCUCGAAUGCGAUGCUGUUUGCAUCAGCGUUGAAUAUCGAUUAGCUCCAGAGCACCCAUUCUGCACUUCUGUGGAAGACUGUUACACAGGUCUCCAGUGGACCAGUGACCACACACAAGAGCUAGGCAUUGACCCGAAGCGUCUCAUGGUUGGGGGUAGUUCAGCAGGUGGAGCUCUCGCAGCUUCGAUCGCUCUACUGUGUCGUGAUCGUACAGGGCCAUCGCUUUGCGCUCAAGUUCUCUUUUGUCCCAUGCUCGAUGAUAGUUUGGCUACUGUGUCAAGUCGUCAGUAUGUUGAAUGUUCGGAUUUCGUUCCUCGCGGGGUGUUUGAAGAUUCAUGGAAGGCUUCUCUCGCGAACAAUGGCCAGAAUUCGAACACCGUUGUACUUCCUCCGGCCAGGGUGAAAGAUCUAUCGGGACUUCCCCCUGCGUAUCUUGAUGUUGGAUCGGCAGAAGUGUUGAGAGACGAGACGGUGGCAUUUGCGUCAAGACUGUGGGAAAAUGGUGUGCAAGCUGAUCUUCAUGUGUGGUCAGGUGGUUUUCAUGGUUUUGACAUAUUCCUUCCAGAUGCAGCUGUUUCGCAAUCUUCCAGAAGAUCUAAGUUGAUGUGGGCGAGGAAGGUUUUUCAAGCAAACAGUUCCUGAUCUACGAUCAACAACAUUUGGUGGAGUCAUAUGAGUACACAUACAUACAGUCUAAGAG